UACAAUCUUGACUUUGAGAGAUCGCGUUCUUUGUACCUGCUUCUUCGCUUCGCUACAAAUUUCCCAUGGCAUACUCCUCCCGACCAACAUCGAUGCUUCCAGGGGCUUCUGGCUCCUCCCUGCGCCAGCCCAGUGGUUCGCAGUCGCAGCAAUCUUCGGCGCUGUCGGCCCGCAUUGCUGCCAAAAAGGGCGGAGCUAGAGAACCUGCGACAACUACGCGAUCUGAGUGGAACAUUGGCGAUUCAAAUGCAAGCUUUGGAUAGUAAGAUUUCCACGCUGAAAGAUGGCACCGAAGCGGUUGCAUACGUGCUUUCCAACUGGGAUAAUGUUAUUAGGGCCAUCACCCUCGCCUCUAGCAAGGCAGGCGGACUCGGCGAACCCGAGUCGGAUAGUAAGAAUGUGGAGAAACCGCGCAACGACCUGCCAUCAACGCUGGUUCGCAUUCCAGCUGAGCCACGUGAUAAGACUGGGGAGUGAAUCAGUGACAUGUCUCUCCCUUCGACUCCAGCUGAAACACCCUGAAUGGUCUCGUCUUUUGCAGCCUGGAUCAUU